CUUUCCCAUAAUGAGCUGCAUCAUCUGAACUGAUGUCACAGCAUCAUGCAGCAGGUCAAACAAGGCAUCUCCUAGUAUUGCAUCCUACAGAUGUGCUGUAAACAUCAAAAGAAGACGUCGGGAGCAGGAGAUGCUGUUUUGGAAAGCAGUAAGGCUUAGAUUUCUCCAUGUUAACCAUGAGCGUGACACUUUCCCCACUGAGGUCACAGGACCCGGAUCCCAUGGCAACUGAUGCCUCCCCCAUGGCCAUCAACAUGACACCUACUGUGGAGCAGGGAGGAGGAGAGGGAGAAGAGGCCAUGAAGGACAUAGACGCUGAGCAGCAGUACGGAAAGCCACCCCCUCUCCAUACAGCAGCUGACUGGAAGAUUGUGCUCCACUUACCUGAGAUUGAGACCUGGCUCCGCAUGACCUCAGAGAGAGUCCGUGAUCUGACUUACUCGGUCCAGCAGGAUGCAGACAGCAGACAUGUGGAUGUACAUCUUGUCCAGCUAAAGGACAUUUGUGAAGAUAUUUCUGACCAUGUUGAGCAGAUCCAUGCCCUCCUCGAGACGGAGUUCUCCCUGAAGCUGCUGUCCUAUUCGGUCAAUGUCAUUGUAGACAUCCACGCAGUGCAGCUGCUCUGGCACCAGCUCCGGGUGUCCGUACUGGUUCUACGAGAACGCAUCCUGCAAGGUCUGCAGGAUGCCAAUGGCAACUACACCAGGCAGACUGACAUUCUGCAAGCCUUCUCCGAAGAGACAAAGGAGGGCCGGCUUGACUCUCUCACAGAAGUAGAUGACUCAGGGCAGUUAACCAUCAAAUGUUCUCAGAAUUACUUGUCUCUGGACUGCGGUAUUACUGCGUUUGAACUGUCCGACUACAGUCCAAGUGAGGAUCUGCUUGGUGGCCUGGGUGACGUGACCGCUGGCCAGGCCAAAACUAAACCUUUCGACUCUUGGAGCUACAGUGAGAUGGAAAAGGAGUUCCCGGAGCUCAUCCGAAGCGUUGGGCUGCUUACAGUGGCCGCUGACCCUGUCCCUUCCAGCUGUGAGACAGCCGGUGAGGAGUCACCUCAAGGGGCUCUUUCAGAAGAGAACAAAGGUGGGCAGGAGGUGCCCAGCGCUUCAGCAGCUGGAGAGCAGCCGGGCUCAACAUCAGAGAUGUCUUCCUUAGGGGACACACUGCCGAACGCUGCUGAACACCCCCCGGAGACUGCAAAGCAAGACCCCGUUUCCUCCCCACAGCUGGGUCCAAAGAAAACCCAGCCUGUACCUAGUGAAAUUACGACUCCCAAGAGAUCCAUCCGCGAUUGCUUUAAUUAUAACGAGGACUCUCCCACACAGCCCACAUUGCCCAAAAGAGGGCUUUUCCUGAAAGAGACUCGUGCCAACGAGCGGAAAGGCAGUGAUCGCAAGAGGCAGUUGGCUGACCUGAAGCCAGAGCUCAGCAGAAGCACCCCGUCCCUGGUGGACCCCCCUGACAGGUCCAAGCUCUGCUUAGUGUUACGGUCCUCCUACCCGAGCAGUCCUUCAAGCGCAGCCAGCCAGUCCUACGAAUGCUUGCACAAGGUGGGGAUUAGCAAUCUUGAAAACAUAGUCAGAAGUCACAUUAAAGAAAUCUCUUCCAGUCUGGGAAGACUUACUGACUGCCAUAAGGAGAAAUCUCGACAGAAAAAGCCACGUGAGACCUUGGCAGAGGUACCUCAGUGCCGAACACCUAAACGAGGAACCGGUUCAGGAAAGCAAGUCAAAACCACUAGAGGCUCAGGGGUGCCUGCUGGGACUCCCAAAGCCACAGUGAGAGCAGAAACGGAUUCUGGGUCAGCAUCCUCAGCUGAGCUGCGCCAGCAGAGAAACCGGAGCGGGCAAUGGGCAGCUCGGUCGGAGGCCUCCAGCUCACCCCCGUGCAGCCACAGCAGUGAGUCCUCUGUUGGGUCAGACAGCACGAGAUCUCCAGUUCCUCGCCAUUCACAGAAGGAAAGGCAAAAGGAUGGCCCCCCAGCCCCGAGUCACGUCCCCCAGAACGGCCAGGUGGCGGAGGCCUGGUACGGCUCUGAUGAAUACCUAGCCCUGCCGUCUCACCUGAAGCAGACGGAGGUGCUGGCGCUGAAGCUGGAGAGCCUCACCAAGCUUUUGCCCCCGAAGCCCAGGGGAGAGCCUAUCCAGAAUAUCGACGACUGGGAGCUGUCCGAAAUGAAUUCCGAUUCUGAAAUCUACCCAACAUACCACAGCAAGAACACGCACACAAGGCUAGGCAGGGUGUCCCCAAGUUCAUCCAGCGACAUAGCUUCCUCUCUCGGGGAGAGCAUUGAGUCUGGGCCCCCGAGUGACAUUCUCUCUGAUGAGGACUUAUGUGUGCCCCUCUCCGGCAUGAAGAAAUACGCUGAUGAGAAACCAGAGCGGCCUUCGUCCUCCGGGAAGAGCUCGAGCCAUUCUGCUACAAAAUCAGCUUUAAUUCAGAAGCUAAUGCAAGAUAUUCGACACCAAGACAACUAUGAAGCCAUAUGGGAAAGAAUAGAGGGAUUUGUGAACAAGCUGGAUGAGUUUAUUCAGUGGCUACACGAAGCCAUGGAGACCACCGAGAACUGGACCCCUCCUAAAGCGGAGACCGAUAGCCUUCGGCUGUACCUGGAGACACACUUGAGUUUUAAGUUGAACGUGGACAGUCACUGUGCUCUCAAGGAAGCCGUGGAGGAGGAAGGACACCAACUCCUGGAGCUCAUUGCAUCGCACAAAGCAGAAGGACUGAAGGACAUGCUGAAGAUGAUUGCAAGUCAAUGGAAGGAGCUGCAGAGGCAAAUCAAACGGCAACACAGCUGGAUUCUCAGAGCUCUGGACACCAUCAAAGCAGAGAUACUGGCUACUGAUGUGUCUGUGGAGGACGAGGAGGGGACGGGCAGCCCCAAGGCUGAGGUCCAGCUAUGCUACCUCGAAGCACAAAGAGAUGCUGUUGAGCAGAUGUCCCUCAAGCUGUACAGCGAGCAGUAUACCAGUGGCAGCAAGAGAAAAGAAGAGUUUGCUGAUAUGUCCAAAGCGCAUUCAGUGGGAAGCAAUGGGCUUCUGGACUUUGAUUCAGAAUAUCAGGAGCUCUGGGAUUGGCUGAUUGACAUGGAGUCCCUGGUGAUGGACAGCCAUGACCUGAUGAUGUCAGAGGAGCAGCAGCAGCAUCUUUACAAGCGGUACAGUGUGGAAAUGUCCAUCAGGCACUUGAAGAAGACAGAACUGCUUAGCACUGUGGAGGCACUGAGGAAAGGUGGCGUCUCACUACCAAGCGAUCUCCUGGAAAAAGUGGAUUCAAUUAAUGAAAAAUGGGAACUGCUUGGGAAAGCCCUAAGAGAGAAGAUACAGGACACAAUGGCAGGGCACAGCGGGUCGGGCCCACAUGACCUGCUGUCUCCUGAAAGCGGAAGCCUGGUAAGGCAGCUGGAGGUCAGGAUCAAAGAAUUGAAAAGGUGGUUAAGAGAUACGGAGCUUCUCAUCUUCAAUUCCUGUCUGAGACAAGAGAAGGAAGGAACGAGUGCUGAGAAACAGCUCCAGUACUUUAAGUCCCUCUGUCAUGAGAUCAAGCAGCGCCGUAGAGGGGUGGCCUCCAUUCUGCGGCUGUGCCAGCACCUUCUGGAUGACCGGGACACCUGCAAUCUGAACGCGGACCACCAGCCCAUGCAGCUGAUCAUUGUAAACCUUGAAAGAAGGUGGGAAGCCAUCGUUAUGCAAGCUGUCCAGUGGCAAACACGGCUACAAAAGAAGAUGGGAAAAGAAUCUGAGACUUUGAAUGUGAUCGAUCCCGGCUUGAUGGACCUGAAUGGAAUGAGUGAAGAUGCCUUAGAGUGGGAUGAAACAGAUAUAAGUAACAAGCUAAUUAGUUUGCAUGAAGAAUCAAAUGACCUUGAUCAAGACCCAGAGUCUACCAUACCCUCAGUGAAACUUGAAGAGACACACCACCAGGAUCCUGGUUAUGAGGAGGAGGCAGGUGACUUUGGAGGGUCCCAGUAUACCUCAAACAUCACAGUACCUUCCAGCCCGCAGAUUUACCAAGUGUAUAGUCUUCACAACGUUGCCCUCCACAAGGACAGCCCCACUGCGUUUCUGGAAAGUAGUCUAAAGCUUACAGGCACAGCCCAGCCCGGUGUCUUAACUAAGAGUCUCAGUAAGGAUUCUUCGUUUUCAUCCACAAAAUCGUUGCCAGAUCUUUUAGGGGGUUCCAGUUUGGUGAGACCCUGCCCAUGUCACAGUGGAGACGUGAGCCAGAAUUCAAGCAGUGAGAGUGGAAUUGUCAGCGAAGGAGACAAUGAAAUGCCUACCAACUCUGAACUGUGUGUGUUCAGUGUGGUAGAUGGAUCCCCAAGUAACCCUGAAACUGAACAUCUGGACCCACAAAUGGGAGGAGAUACAGUCAACGUGUUAAAGCAAAAAUUUAAAGAUGAGGAGGAAUGCAUUAAGCUUCCAAAUACCUCUCAGUCACCCAUCUCACCAGUGGGUUGUGUAAAUGGAAAAGCUGGAGAUUUAAACAGUGUUCCCAAACAUGUCACUGAUUGUGCAGGAGAAGAAUUACAAGGAAAACAUGAUGUGUUUACAUUUUAUGAUUACUCAUACCUCCAAGGCUCAAAACUCAAGUUACCAAUGAUAAUGAAACAGUCACAAAGUGACAAGGCGCAUGUGGAUGAUCCCCUUCUUUGUGGUUUUUAUUUUGAUAAAAAAUCCUGCAAAUCUAAACAUCAGGCUUCGGAGUUACAAACUGAUGCGCUGCCCCAUGAAAGGGUUUUAGCAAGUGCACCCCAUGAAAUGGGUCAAAGCUCCUAUAAAAGUAGUGACAAAGAGAAGACACUCACAGGCGUUCAGAAUGCCAGACAGCUCUCCCUCUUAUCUCGUAGCUCAUCUAUAGAGUCCCUUUCUCCAGGGGGUGAUUUGUUUGGGUUAGGUAUCUUUAAAAAUGGCAGUGACAGCCUCCAGCGAAGCACUUCUUUAGAAAGUUGGUUGACAUCCUAUAAGAGCAAUGAAGAUCUUUUUAGCUGUCACAGCUCUGGGGACUUAAGUGUGAGCAGUGGCUCAGUUGGUGAGCUGAGCAAGAGGACAUUAGACCUCCUGAAUCGCCUGGAGAAUAUCCAGAGCCCCUCGGAGCAAAAGAUAAAGCGGAGUGUUUCUGAUGUCACUCUCCAAAGCAGUUCCCAAAAGAUGUCCUUUACUGGCCAGAUGUCAUUGGAUGUUGCGUCUUCUAUCAAUGAAGACUCAGCAGCAUCUCUUACAGAACUGAGUAGCAGUGAUGAGCUCUCCCUCUGUUCAGAGGAUAUCGUGUUACACAAAAACAAGGUCCCAGAAUCCAAUGCAUCAUUCAGGAAGCGCCUGAAUCACUCGGUGGCUGACGAAAGUGAUGUCAACGUUAGUAUGAUUGUUAAUGUCUCUUGCACCUCUGCUUGCACUGAUGACGAAGACGACAGCGACCUCCUGUCCAGCUCCACUCUCACCCUGACUGAAGAAGAGCUGUGCCUCAAAGACGAGGAGGACGACUCCAGUAUUGCGACAGAUGAUGAGAUUUAUGAAGAAAGCCACCUGAUGUCUGGGCUGGACUACAUAAAGAAUGAGCUGCAGACUUGGAUAAGACCCAAAUUUUCCCUGACAAGGGAAAAGAAACGGUGCAGUGCCACUGAUGAAAUAAAGGGCAAUAAAGAUGGAGGUCGAAGUGAGAAGAUCAACCCCUCAGAUACAAUGAACAUUGAGGCCCUUCUUAAUGGCCCCAUAAAAUGUCUCUCUGAAAACAAUGGAAAUGGCAAGGAUUCACCCAGAACUCACGACUUAGGGACAGGAGGUGAAAACAAGAAAAAUCCUUAUGAAGUUAGUCAAGAUCCACAUGUGGCUGACAUGGAAAAUGGCAAUAUUGAAAGUACUCCAGAAAGACAAAAGGAGAAGCUGAAUGGAAUUUCAGAAACAUCAGAGACCCUUGGUUUAAAUGUGAAAAAAAGUUCUGAAUCCAAACAUAGUGAGUGUAAAGCAUUAACGGAUGCUUCAGAUAAUUCAGAUGUUGCUGUAAAGGAAUUUUGUCCCCCAAAUGAUAGACAUCUUCCUCAGAUUGGUCCAAAUCGCCACCAUUCUGAAAAUCAAAGUGCCCACUGCACAUCUGUUGAGAACUCUUGCCCAGAACUGCUGUUGGAAACCAGAGUUGGAAGCAGACAAGACAGUGAUGGACUAAAAUCUUUGUCUAAUGAUGUACCAAGCGGGGCUAGCAAAUCUGCGGGUUGCUGCCUACUCGAACAAAACGAGACAGAGGAAAGUGCUUCUAUCAGCAACAGCACUUCCUGUUGCAACUGCCAGCCAGAUGUUUCCCAUCAAAAAGAUGCUGAAGAUUGUUCGGUACACGACUUUGUUAAGGAAAUCAUUGACAUGGCAUCAACAGCCCUAAAAAGUAAAUCACAACCCGAAAGUGAGGUAGCCCCUCCCACUUCAUUAACUCAAAUUAAGGAGAAAGUGUUAGAACAUUCUCAUCGGCCCAUGCACCUAAGAAAGGGGGACUUUUAUUCCUACCUAUCUCUUUCAUCCCAUGACAGUGAUUGUGGGGAGGUCACCAAUUACAUAGAUGAGAAGAGCAGCACCCCAUUGCCACCUGAAUCUGUGGACUUUAGCUUGGAUGACAAGGAAGACAUCGAAUGCUUCUUUGAAGCUUGUGUUGAAGAUGACCUUGUGGAUGAGAAAGCCUGUUUCUCUAGUGCCCUUCCAAAUGAACCAGCAGUUCCGGAUGAAGCUGCUAUGCCAACACAAGUGACAGCAAGCUCUCCUGUGUUCAAUGAUGCUGCUUCCUCACUGGAUCAGACAGACAUGGUAGCUCUUUCAGAACCUUCCCCUCAGAGAGAGGCUGACAAUAGAAAGGAAACAGGUAAUGAAUCGCGAACAUCCCAGGGCUGUUCAGAAAGCUCAGAGCUUACUACUCCUUCAAAACAGGCCAAUAAAGAUGGACUUUCAAGAAACCAAGGUGAACCAGAAGAAAAUAACGCUGCUUCAGCCAAAUCAAAAAUUCAAGCUCGCCCAUUGAAUGCAAAACAGCCAAAAGCCAAGGCUAUGAUGUAUCCCAGGCUGCAAACUUUAACCUGUAAAGAAAAGCUUGUAAGCUUUCACGAAGAUCAACAUAGAAACAUGCAUAGGUAGAAAGUAAUGCCCCCAAGCAUGGAAAUCAUCUCAUUGAAAGACAGCCUGGCUGCAGCUCAGGGCCGGCCUGACCUACCCUGGGCUGAUAUUGGGUUCCAUCCUGUCGUCACUGCCACCCAUCACCUCUGAACCAGUCUGUCCACGUGGGCCUUGUGAUCUGGAUGUGUGCAUUGCUUCUCUUUAGGUGAUCUUAUUUCCACAAAGCUGCUUGCUCUCCCAUGGAUUCCUGUCCCAAGCUACCUCUGCCAACCCUCUCUCCAGCAAGACUUCUGUUUACCCCCUCCUCUCCUGCCUCCCCCUUAAAGCUCUGCAGUACACUAAAUUGAUGGUCCAUUAAACCCACUGUCUGGAAUGACACCCUUCCCCGCCAGGACUUGACCAAUUUUAUGUUUUACUCUGAAAAUGCUCAUGGUAUUAUUGAAAGUGAUUUACCUAAAAAGCUCACCCUUGAUUUGAUUGUAGUAUAGAGGAGAUAUAUUGGUCCUAAUUACAAAAUUAAGCAACAAUUAAAAGCACCAUUUUAUUUCCUUCUUUUUAAUAAUUAUCUAUGCAGCACUUCAAGAAAGAGCUAUAACAGUGUUGUAUAUUGUAAACUGUUACAUUCUACUAUUAAGUUUGUUUUUGGUUUCUAUGCUUCUUGAGGUGGUGAUGAGAAAAACGUUUUUAAAAACAGUGUGCCUUGCUGUAUUUCUUAUACCAUUUAUUUAAAAGCUGCUUCCGUGGUGAUAGUAUGUUGGUUUGAGAGGAGGAAAUAGCAAGGUUAAGAUGUGUGAAUAAUUUCUGUAUAUAUGUAUAAGCUAGUACAAACAGUGAUGUAUGACAGUAUAAAAUGCUUUCAUGUUUGUGAUGUCCAGUGGUGUGGAGAAUAUACGCCUUAAGCCCAUUCAAUUGCAUGGUGAUUAAAAUUGGCAUAAUAAAAAUAGCCUAUUGGGGGAAAGGAAAAUUAAUGAUCUCUCCUCCCUGUGUUCUUUGCCAAAUUCUUGCCUCUGGUUCUGAAAAAAUAAUAUUUAUCAGCUUCCAAAAUACCCAUAUUGCACAAAAUGGUUAAGUUACUUAAAUUCCAGAGUAGGCCUAAAGUCUUCAUAAUAUUCAGAAAUCUUUCUGUUUUGCUGUGAGUAAACAUCCUGAAAAAGCAAGUGUUUCAAGGUCGUUUCCCCUACAUAAAAAAAAACCUUUAUAGUAAAUGUUUUUAUUUAUACUUGUUAAUGAUUUAAAGUGUAUCUGGAGAUCUCUUAUAUGUCCUAAUUUGUUUUAAAUAAUUAUUUGAAUGGGUUUGGUGGAUGGUAAAAAGUGUAGAAAAAUUGAAUAUUACUUUAUUUAAAGUAUAGAUUUCAGGUGUAUUUAUUUUAUUAAGAAAAUCAGCAGAGAAAUAUUCCAUUUGGUUGUUUUUUUUAACUUGAAAAACACAGCCUUUAAUUUAUAUCGUCACUCCUACUAAAGUGCCUGACACACAGUAGGUAUCCACAGAAUCUGCUGAAUCAGAGUAUUGAGUGGGGCAACAUGGAAGAUGUAGAGAGAAUCUUUAUUCUGAGACUCCUGUGUUAAAACAAAUGACUAGAUAAAAAUGUGCAAAGUGAAACCAUACACUGCAUAUAAUUAGAUCUUUAAAAGAGGAAAGAGAACAUGACAGAAGUAUGUAGCCACAGAAAUGACAAUCAUUCAUUCGCCAGAUCAUUCAUUAGCAUCUUUUGUCUGCAAGUCACUAUUCUAGAUUCAGGGAAUGCAGCUAUGAACCGUGUGCUGCCUUUGGAGGCUUAUCUUUGUUAGAGACAAACUGACCUACCACACAGACAACAGGCCAUAGUAGUGUCCUACCGGGAGAAUGCAAGUGUAGGGAAAGAGUUGCGGCAAGAGAGAUAGCAGCGAGGACAGCGGUAAAGAGAAAGGUUAGCAAAGAACAGGAUGGGAUACCAGUGGGGGCUCAUUACAGGUAUGACAGGACAAAAGGCCAAGUGGAGAGAAAUGAGAGGUGUGUAUGGCGUGGAGUUGGAGCUUUGGUGUGCAGUGUAUUAGGUGUACUUGUAGUUUGUUUGGGGCUUUAUCUGGUUUAAGACUGGAACUCUACUAGCACCAUCCCAAGAACACCUAAAUACCACUUGUCUGUAAUUUCACAGGGCCUUAAUAAUCUUGUGUGGAUUUUGCCCCUUCUAACUAUUGCUGCACGUAUUUUUAAAUGGAUGGCUCAUUCUAGGCUUUUGAAUAUGUAGUGACUUCUUCCAAAGGAGUCUUAGGGAGACAUCUAGUUAUAGUGUUGAUGAGGAUUGCAAGGGGGAAAUGUUAGACAUAAGCUUGUGGUAGGGGGAAGUGAGGGAGAAUUAGCUAGGCUCGAGGCAGUAAUAGAGUGCACAAGGAUAGUAGCCUGAGAUACAGAGAAAGACGAACCCUAGGGACUUGGGAAUAUUUGGACAUUUUGGACAUCUUUUAGGAUAGGGCAUUAUCUUAUAUAUUGAGACAACCUGAAUUUCUCUUGGUCAGUAAUUACUAUCAAGUCUGUAUUCAUUGGGGAAACAUUCAAAGAAUUAAUGGUCAAGGUGUAAUGUUUGCCUCUUAUGUACUCAUGAAGACUUAGGAUUUGAAAAUAUUUAUUAAUUAUCUUUUUAGCAUUAACAUCAAAAUUUUAGGUUGAGUUUUGGGUUUAUUAAUGCCUUUUCCAGUCAGAUGGAAGAGCCUUAUUCUCACACCCUGUGUAGAUGCUACCUUCCCGGUUACCCUUGACAACAGUCCAUUUGGUUUGUAUUAACUCAAGCACCUCUAUCUAUACAGGUCCCACGACAAUGGUUUGUAAUUUGGUAAAGCAAAGUGUCCCUCUGCUGGGCAGGUGUUUCCAUCAGAGUGUGCUUUCUUAAGCUGCUGAAGUCCACAGGGCGCCCCUCCCCCACUUAGUUUUGUUCAUUGGUCCUAUAUCUGCUGCAGAGCCAUGGUCACCCUGCAGGCAAUUGAGGACAGUUACUCUCUCCUAAGCACUGUUCCUCCAACUGCCCUUCCUACGUCAUGAUUUCAGAUCCAUUUCAACCCGACUGAAUGUUAACAGACAGAACCCUUGAAGUCAAGGGACAGUCUUCAUCAUACAUGUAGAGGAGCGUCUGGAUGUUUAAGUGCUAAAUUUUCUCUAAAAUAUAUUCAAGAUAUAUGUUUAUUCUAUUAUUGUAAAUUUCAAUAAAUAAAUAAAUAAACAAGUGAGUAAAA